UUUGAUGAAAACCUGGCCGUAAAAGAUAGGAUAACAACAGGCAGAUCUCUCUAUCCCGCUUUCUCUCGUCCUUCACCAUGGAAGCCACUCUCUUCACCUACCGCUCCUCAAAACCACCACUCUCCUCUCCCUCCCAAACCCUACCCCUAAAAUCCCAUGUCCGAAACCCUCCAUCCCUUCCCUAUUCCCACUUCCCCUCCGCCCUCCGCCGGCGCCGCACCACAAUCCGCUCCGCUAUCAGCCGAACCAAGAAGGAAGAAACCGUCGAAACCGUCAAACACCACCUCCAAGACUGCCACCUCCUCGCCGGCAUAAAAUACGAAGGCCUCACCGUCAAACAGCUUCAAGACCUCCGCAAAUCGUUGCCGGAAAGUACCAAUCUCCUCGUCGCCAAGAACUCAUUGGUCUAUAAAGCGAUUGAGGGCACCCAAUGGGAGGUACUCAAGCCUUGUAUGAAAGGUAUGAACGCAUGGCUGUUUGUGCAUACUGAGGAGAUUCCGGCAGCGCUCAAGCCAUACAGGGAUUUUCAGAAGGAAAGCAAAUUGGAGGAUAAUGAUUUCACGGGGGCAGUGUUCGAAGGAAAAUUUUUUGGGCCGGAGGAGUUUAAGGCAUUGGAGACUUUGCCUACUAGAGUUGAGAUUUACAGUAAGUUGCUUGGGUCGUUGAAGGGUCCUGCAUCAGCGGUUGUGUCGACAGUGCAAGCGCCGGCGAGGAAUUUGGUGAUGGUGUUGAAGGCUUAUGUGCAGAAGUUGGAAGAAGAGAGUGGUGGGCAAUAGCAUAUGAGGAAGACGCUGUAAGUUUAUUGCUUUUUGUGUUGAUUUUGACGGACUCUGGAGGCAUGCAAUUGUUGUAGAAUUUUGUAUAACUGAUGAUUAUUGCUAGUACUGAGUUACAUUGCGCCUUCAUGGAUGUAGAAUCUCAUUGAACAUUUUGUGCCCA